AGUCUUAACCAUGGUGCCCUCCUUUGCUGCCAUCUUCAUUUUUGGACUUCUGGGUUCAAACUCCGAAGGAGUCACAGCCCAUCCAGCCCUGACUCUUCCAGAUCCUAGACUGUGGCUAUGCCAGCCAGCGCCCAGGUGUGGGGAGCUGACCUACAACCCCUUGGAGCAGUGCUGUGAUGACGGUGUCAUCCUAGACUUGAACCAGACCCGGCUCUGUGGCUCCAGCUGCACCUUCUGGCCCUGCUUCCAGCACUGCUGCCUGGAGUCUUUGGGCUCUCAGAACCAGACAGUUGUGAGGUUCAAGGUCCCAGGCAUGAAGCCAGAUUGCAUGUCCUCUCCUAUCACCAGUAUCUGUGCCCAGGAUUACCACCCAAAAAGCCCUCUGUCAAGAUCUGACCUCAUCUAGACUGUCCUGGGGUAGCAGAGUCACAGAUCACUCUAGAAUCUAAUAUUUGGUAAUUAUACUGCAUUGAUUUUGUUGUUGUUGUUGUUGUUGUUGAGACAGAGUCUCGCUCUGUCCCCCAGGCUGGAGUGCAGUGGAGUGAUCUCAGCUCACUGCAACCUCUGCCUC